GGUACUUCAGAUCGCAAAUUCUGUCACCUAUACAGACAUACAGUAUAAUAGGUAUAUACUAUCUAUCACAAUUCCACGGUCUCAACUCUCGAGAUGGACUUUAAGUUUGUAUUGUUUUAUGUUCAAACGGCGGCCAUCACUAUGGCACACGUGAUUACAAUAAAAAACAACUGUCCGUUUACUAUAUGGCCCGGCAUACAAGGAAACCCGGGACACGAACAUCUCGAAAACGGUGGAUUUUCGUUGGGCGCCUACAGGUCUUAUACGAUCCAUACGUCUCCAAAUUGGGCCGGCAGGAUUUGGGGCAGGACCAAAUGCAGUGGUCAAGGAAGUUGCGAAACGGGCGAUUGCGGGAACAAGAUCCAGUGCAACGGGGCCGGAGGCGUGCCGCCCGCUUCUCUGGCUGAGAUGACAUUCACCGGGUCUGAUGGAUUAGAUUUCUACGACGUGUCGUUGGUGGACGGCUACAACUUGCCGAUCAGGAUGCUACCGACUGGACAGUUCUCGUACACGAAAAAAGGCAAGUACGACUGUAAAGCGGCGGUGAACAGCAUGUGCCCGUCCGAGCUGGCCGUCAAGACUGGCUCCGGCGUGGUGGCGUGCAAGAGCGCCUGUGAGCGAUUCAACACGGACACUUACUGCUGCCGAGGUGCCCACAAUACUCCGGCGACUUGUAAGAGCAGCUCGUGGCCCAAAAACUAUCCGGAAUUCUUCAAGAAGGCCUGUCCGAACGCCUACAGUUACGCGUACGACGACACGACCAGCACGUUUACGUGUCGCGGCAAUCCAUCCACCAAGUACGACGUCGUAUUUUGUCCUUAAGCAGCCACCGUGACCGACCUGUUUAUUGUGCAGUUAUAUACCCAUAUAGACCAUAUAUGUCCAGGGAAGGUUAUUUAACACCAUUUUAUAAUACAUAUAAUAUAAAUAAAAGUAUAAUAUGUACAAAUAAAAAUAUAGGUAUACCUACAUACA